CUCAUCUUUUCCUUAUUUAUCACUCCAUUUCUCCACCAACUUUCUCUUCAUACACCAACUCUCUUUUUUAACUCUCAAACUCCCUUUUUUUUUGUUUAAUUUUGCUUCUUUAUUUGUUCUUCUUUUUCGACGAUUCCGAGGUGAAAGAAAUUCAAUUAUGGAUCAAAAUUACAACAAUCAGCACUCGUUCUGGCAAUUCAGCGACCAGCUUCGGCUUCAGACUGCUAAUCUUGCCAAUUUGUCCACCAAUGAUUCCAUUUGGAGCAACUCCUUUGUCUCUAAGAUGAACCACAACAACUUCGAUGUUCGGGUCGGAGCCGAGCUUGGUUCUUCUAACUCUAACCCCAAACUUGCCUCCGACCUCAAUACUUUUAAUAACGACGGUUGGAACAGUUUCAAAACGGACGGGUCGGAUCUUCUAAAUCUGAACCCGAAGCCAAUUGGGUCGGGUUACAAAAUCAAGGAGCCGGCGAACGAUUACCAAAUGUGGAAGAGUUUCAAGCCGGGAUCCGGGUCCGAUCUUAUAGGCACCAGUCCGAACGCGAAACAUAUCGGGUCGGGUAACACUAACCUCAACGAUCAAGCGAACGAUUUCGGAUCAUGGAACAGUUUUAAGUCAGGAAUCGGGUCAAAUUUUAUGACUCCGAAACCGAAUCUCAUCGGGUCAGGCACAACCCAAAAGGAUCCAGUGAACGGAUACGGAUUAUGGAACAAUUUCAAGCCAAAAACCACCGCCGAUUACAACGGAUUCAACGACGGGUGGAAAAUCAACAACGGAGGACCAACAAUACCGGUGAAAAACCAAAACCCUAAGGAAAUCGGAAUUAACAACAAGGGAUUGUCCUACAAAUUGGGGGUUCCGGCGAACACUAACGGGAAUUUCAAUUGGAAGAACAGCAGAGGGAACGGCGGGGAGGAGGCGGAGCAGGGCGGAGGGAAAGGGGGGAAGAAGGGGAAUAAGGGGAAAAACGAGGCGGAGAAGGAGAAGAGGUUCAAGACGUUGCCGGCGGCGGAGGCACUGCCGCGGAACGAGAGAAUAGGCGGAUAUAUAUUUGUGUGCAAUAACGAUACGAUGGCGGAGAAUUUGAAACGGCAGCUUUUUGGGCUGCCGCCGCGAUACAGGGAUUCGGUUAGGGCAAUAACUCCGGGGUUGCCGCUUUUUCUGUACAAUUACUCUACACACCAACUUCAUGGAGUUUUUGAGGCUGCAAGCUUUGGAGGGACAAAUAUUGAUCCGACGGCUUGGGAGGACAAGAAAUGCCCUGGAGAAUCCCGUUUCCCUGCUCAGGUGAGAGUGAUAAGAAGGCAAAUAUGUGAGCCAUUGGAAGAGGACUCAUUUAGGCCAAUUCUUCACCACUAUGAUGGCCCUAAAUUCCGCCUUGAGCUUAGCAUUCCGGAGGCCAUUUCUCUCCUUGAUGUUCUUUCCAACCAAGAUUCUUAACUUUUGAACACUUAUUUAACUCUAGCUAGCUACAAUAUAUCUUCAUGUAAAUACUUAUAAGUCUUCUCUCUAUCAUAUGAUAUCAUAUAUGUAAUAUUGUUCAGGAUGGGGAGCAAAAAUUUUACUGUAUACUACAUAUAAAUAAUGGUACGUGCAAUUGAGAUAUUUUUAUACUACCUUCAAUUUUAAAUUUU